GAUCAACCGAACGACCAUCACAACGUCAUGUGGGGGCCGGUUGUCGUGGGCUGCGAAGAAGCAUUGAGUGUGGUCGCGUGCAUCUACUUCCUGCGCCAAUUCCCACCGCAUCGGCAAGACGCAUACACGUCUCCGUAUGCUUUCCCGUCGGAUCCUCCGAGUGUGUUGCAUCGAGCAUUCUACGCCGCGUGUGCGAUCUUCCUCUUCGUCACCCACGUCGCCGACGUGAUCAAGACGGACGGACAUUGCUACUACUUCUUCACGACAUGGAACGUGUUGUUGCAGCUGUCGUACUGGUGUUGGUCGUUCUUCGAUGCAUCAGGCCACAGCCGAGGUCGUGCCGUGAUGUUGGACGUCCUGUGGCCAACCUCGAUCCUCGUCACUGCCGUCGUGUGGGUUAUCCUGUACCCCAUGGUCCACGCCAUCCACGAAGACUACAUCCUCUUGAACUGGAUCAGUUACUGCCAGCACGGCAUCAACGCAUUCCUGUUGUUGGUCGAAUGGAUCUGGAACGACGCGCGCCGAGUCGCAGUGAGCACCUGCGCGUGGAGUAUCCUCUUCCCGACCAUCUACGUCAUCUACGCUUGGAUCGUGCAUGAGACUGUGCACAUCAAGUGGCCAUACCCGUUCCUCGCCACCGAUCGUCCGUCCGCUCCGUUGUGGUACUUGUUCUUCUUUAUGCUUCAGGUCAUGGUGUUUGCGCUGGUCACCGGUGCCGCGUCCUUGAGAACUCGCGCCGUCAGUCGAAAGCGUGUCGACACCGCAGACUCCCUCGUCCAUCUGUUGGUCGUGUGAGCGGAAGUGUUCACUUCGAAUUGCAUGAAGCAGCACUUUCUAAACCAUAAGAUGUAGACUUGCGCAUCUUGAUGGAACGAAUGUCCAUUUCUCAAAUCAAUACUAUUAAUAACUAGUUAGUACUAUUUGACUGAUACUAUGUCAUAGUAGUACUAAUGGUAC